AUGGAGGAGGCGCAGAAUGAAUACCAGCGGAUGUUACGACGCCACCAGCGCGAAAAGAGGGAGCUGCAGGCCCACAUCAUGGCCAUGAAGAGCGCGGUCCCGAAGACCGACAGGAAGAAAAGAAGGCAGUUGCUUCUUGAGGUGGCUCGCCUUGAGGCCGAAUUGGAGCAGAAGCAGAAGCAGGAGCUGGAGGAUUUCCGAAGUGCGUUCCCUGAGAACAGCGGCCUCGGUUCCGUCACUGAAGAUCUGGCAAAGAUGGAUCUCGAGAACCAGCAUCCCCGCUUCCUGAGGGCCCAGAAAAGGAGGGAAAGGAAGGCGGCGCUCGAAAGAGAGCGCGAGGAGAGGCUUACGGAGGCCCAGGUCGAGCAGCUGACCAGCUACCAGCGUGAUGAGGAGAAGAGGCUGGCCGUCAUCCUGGAGGCCAGGAAUCUGGAGAUAAAGGAAAUCCAGGCUGAUGGCCACUGCAUGUACCGCGCCAUCCUAGACCAGGUGACGGCCUUCGAGUCCGUGGAGAACCUACGGGCCCGCACCGCCGAAUACAUGCGGUUGCACGUCGACGAGUUCUUGCCCUUCUUUAGUGAAUCUGAAACCGGCGAAGCCUACACCCGCGACGACUUCUUGCGCUACUGCGACAAGGUUGUGUGCAGCGCGUCGUGGGGAAGCCAGGUGGAGCUGAGGGCCUUGUCGCACAUCCUGCAGAGCCCCAUCGAGGUGAUCCAGGCCGACGCACCCAUCUUAAUCAUCGGGGAGGAGUACACCCGGAAGCCGAUCACCCUCGUCUACAUGCAUUACGCCUGCGACCUCGGUGAGCACUACAAUUCGGUGAAGCCUCUGGAGGCCGGGGCUGUCGGGGGCGCCCCCGCGAGCCUCUUCUAG